AGCUUUGGGUCAGGCGAAUCGGGCCAGCGACAGGCCCGAUCGGUGUGAUGGUCUCGGGGUGGUGUCCUUGCGUGCCACUGGGGCGUCGGCAAUCGCCGACUCAGCAGCAGCAACAACAACAGCAACAACAACCGCCGUCGUCGUCCAGGGCGCCGUUCACCGUCAGCGGCGCGACCGAUCGCGCGGACAUGGUGCAGAUGUUCUAUUAUGAGAACCGCGGCAAGUGUUGCAAGAAACUGCUCAGAUACAAUGGAUACCCGAAUAAGGUCCUUUUGUUCCCCGAGGAGGGCUGGGCGAGAAGCGCGAGUAGUUCCUACUGGACUCUGACGCCGUUCUGGUGGAGCCGGAGCCGGUGUAAGGUCGUUGAAGUCGCUGGAACAAGAAGGUAUAGUACUCAGGCGAAGAUGGUAGACACGGGUACGGGCACGCUUUAUAUUAUCGGUUCAUUCAAGAGGAUGACUAUCGAUCCCGAUUUUAAGCUGUACCUGACGUCGAACGUCUCGUCGAGCGACUUCAACAUGGGCUACAGUAUGACGGGCACCCUGGAGCGCGGCUGCAAGAAGACCAACUCCUUCCAGAUGACCCACUUCGCGGUGAUACGGCGACGGGACUACGAGAAGGCGUACGAAGAUCCGAAUCCCACCUAG